AUGUACGUUGAUGAUGCUGAUGGUGGUGGUGGUGACGAUGAUGAUGAUGAUGUCUNACUGGCCAAGCCUUUAGAAGAUUACAAUAGUUACGAAUCCAAAAAUCUGAUUGAGGCACAAGUUGAAUUCGCACAAUCGGAUGACUGGCAGAAGUCUGAGAUUUGAAGCAUCACAAUCUUUCAAGUCAAAUCUGACAGUGACACACAUGUAAGCGGGGACCAAUUCGAAGAACCACGCUAUUUGACUUAA